AUGAUUGCACAGAACCAAACAACUGAGUUCGUUCUGCUGGGUAUCUCUGACAAGCCACAGCUGCAGACACCCCUCUUUGUCCUCUUCCUGACCAUGUACGUUGUGACGGUAACAGGGAACCUUCUCACUGUGGCAGCCAUCCAAUCGGACCACCACCUCAUCCAUACUCCCAUGUACUUCUUCCUCAGUUGUCUGUCCUCGGUGGAUGUCGGCUUUACCUCAGUAAUUGUUCCCACAAUGCUACUGAGCUUAGGCCAAGGAGGGACCAUUUCUUACACAGGUUGUCUUACCCAAAUGUACUUCUUUUUGGCCUUGGGGAACACUGAUAGCUACCUGUUGGCGGCCAUGGCCAUCGACCGCUACAUGGCCAUCUGUAACCCUCUCCAUUAUGCCACAGUUAUGAGCCCUCGAUUAUGCUUCCUGCUGUUGGCAGGGUCUUGCUUGGUCUCCCAUCUCCACUCCCUCCUGCAGACAAUGCUUGUCUCUUAUCUAACCUUCUGUGCUUCCAACAGGAUCCCCCAUUUCUUCUGUGACAUCCAGCCCUUACUGAAACUCUCUUGUUCCGACACCAGCAUCAACGAACUGGUGGGCAUGACUGAAGCUUUGGCCGUCAUCAUGACCCCCUUCCUGACAAUCACGAUCUCUUAUAUCCGCAUCCUCAUGACCGUGUUGAGGGUACCUUCAGUCUCAGGAAAGCUCAAGGCGUUCUCCACCUGUGGAUCUCACCUGACCGUAGUUACCCUCUUCUAUGGGAGCAUCGUUUGGGUGUAUUUCCGGCCUUUGUCUGGUUACACGGCUGUCAAGGACAGGGUUGCUGCUGUCAUGUACACAGUUAUCACCCCGAUGCUGAAUCCUUUCAUCUACAGCCUGAGAAACAGAGACAUGCACAAUGCGCUCAAGAAAGUGGUAGGGAGAAGAAGAAAUUAG